AUGUACGCUGUCCAGAACUCGAUGGAGAACGAAAAUAAUGGACGCAGUAUUGGCGUGCAUGCCUACGGAAGAUUUAUCCCAACGGUCGAUGUGCUCGCCUAUAUGACUAUUAAUAACGAUGAUGUGCUCACAUUUACGACUACGGACGAUGGGUUCGUCUACAUGACUACAGAAAAGUUCGAGACUGUGUCGUACACAGUUUUCGACAUCUUGUUCAAUAGUUCGGACAUGUCAGGAUUGUAUGACUUGUGCGUCAAGCCACACGCCAUCUUCGUCGACGCGUUUACCAUGUGCGACACACACCACCCCCAGCGAAGCUCCAACCCGUCCUGCAUCAUCUAUUUUACGUCGGGGCCGCUGUCAGUCGUUGCACCGAAGAAAUCCGAUGGCGUCAGCCCAAAAUCUCGCAGAAUGCUUACCAACCAUCGCUCAAACGGACCGUGA